AUGUUUUCUAACGUUAUUUUAGGGGGAUUCGAGCAAGCGGACUCUAAUUCACAACCUUCUUUGGAGUGGGAAUCUUGGCUAAAAGGGACGAGACGCUUUCCGCCAUCAGAUCAAGAACUUGCACUGAACGAGGCACGUCGCGAACAUAUUGAACAAGUGAGUUCUUGUGUUCAGAUUGAUCAUUGAUUUAGAAACAACACUUGCAAGACGCACAGACCGAGAAACGAGCGCCGCACGUUGCCAGCCGGGGUCAGGGAGCCGGCGACUUGGAUCGCAAAAAACAUUUCCCCGCGUAUGAUGACAUAGAAUUGGCUCCAGGUGCAGAACGAAGAGACGACAAAGGAAAGUAGGCGCGUCCAUUGACGAACUUUGAACUGAGUAGAGUAAAUAAAGUCUAUUUAUUCGAUUUCUGGGUGUUCUUUUAAUUGGAUACUUUGGGGCUAUUCUAGAGUCCACCGUUUGUCGGAUUCUGAAAUGACCGGACUUCGGAAUCUUUUCCAAGGUGUACUCAAGUACAGGGCUACAGUACGGGAGGACCUUGUAAAGCAGUUUGCGAGAGUUAGGGAUGAUCCACAUCCACAAUCUGUCAUGUUCACUUGUAUGGAUUCUCGGUAAGUUUCUUUUUCAUUAUUUAGGUAACAUUUUUUAAAAUUUAAGGCUUUGUAGGUAUGCAUUGUAAUAAAGUUUUUAAUGUUUAAUAGUGUACUUUUCAAUAAUUAUUAUCUAUUUAUGUAAUUUUUAAUUGAAAUUUCAGUAUCUUGCCAGCCCGUUUCACCCAGGCUCAGGUUGGUGAAAUGUUUGUUGUCCGAAACAGUGGAAACAUGAUCCCUCACGCUCAGAACUACGGUACGGUGUCUUUUGAUAUUAUUCUAUGUUUUAGGUGGUUCUGGAUAUGAAGUCUCCGUAACUACUGAACCGGCUGGACUGGAAUUGGCUGUCAAACGAGGCAAUAUUCACCACGUUCUUGUUAUGGGACACUCGGACUGUAAAGCCAUCAAUACUUUGUACAAUUUGUGUCAAUGUCCUCAUCAUUUUGAUCCAGCCAGCCCUGUAGACCAUUGGCUACGCAAAAACGGCUUCAGAAGUCACAUCAAGUUGAGCCAGAUGCUGAAAGAUGAAGAAGAUGGUGUUCCAGAUGCUAGGAGAAUCCACUUUGCUGCUCGAGAACCGGAACUUUUGGAAUUUCAUGCUAGAAUUGACCCAGAUUUGAAGUUUGGCGUGGAAGAUUGGCUAUCUCAAAUCAAUACUCUACAACAACUUGUUCAUGUCGCUUCUCAUGGCUUCUUGAAGGAUUACCUAUUGGAAGGAAGGGUUCAUUUGCAUGCAUUGUGGUUUGAUGUCUACAAAGGCGACAUGUUUAUGUUCAGUCGGAAGAAAGAACGAUUUAUUGAGAUCGACGAGAAUACAGCACCUGAACUCGAAGACGAAACGCGACAUAAUUAUCAAGAACCCUUGCCAGCUGCUGCUACUGUGUAA